UGAUUUGAGAGCUCAUAUUUCUCUGCCUGGUGAUGGCACAGCAAUCCAUGAAUAAUAUAUGUCCCGUUACAGCUUUUACUGCAUUUAAGAAAUAUACUGAAGGCUCUGAGCAAAUACAAAUUAUCAGGAGUAUUAUUCAUUUUGUACCUGUUCUGGCACACGUUAUCAGUAUCUAAAAUUAAAUGAGUCAUGGCAGAAUUUUCCUUUCCUCCUCUGCUGCUCUUCAUACAUCUGCAGUCUAGAGGGAAGAGAGAAGGACACACCCUCAUGGGCAGGUGAGCUCACCUUUAAAGGUUCCCUGUUACCUGCUGUCUUCCAUAACACAAGCUUGUGUUGCUCUAAAAGAUGACUACUGUAAUCAAGCUUCAAAACCGGGAGACUGAGAGUGGCACACAAAUAAUGCAAGAUGAUAAGCCACCCUCACUGGGAUGUAUCGGCUGGUUCAUUAUCAUCAUCUCCGUCAUUUUCAUCAUAGGACUGUUUCCUGUCACAAUCUUUAUGUGCAUCAAGAUUGUACAGGAGUAUGAAAGGGCAGUGAUCUUUCGGUUGGGUCGUAUUGUGGACAGGAAACCAAAAGGACCAGGAAUUUUCUUUGUGCUGCCAUGCACUGACACAUUCAGGAAGGUGGACUUGAGAACUGUGUCAUUUGAUAUUCCUCCUCAGGAGAUCUUGACAAAGGACUCGGUGACAGUGAGUGUGGAUGGUGUGGUGUACUUCCGUGUUUGUGACCCCAUCUGUUCUGUGGCCAAUGUGACCAAUGCGGACCGCUCAACACGUCUACUGGCCCAGACCACCCUUAGAAACGUGCUGGGCAUAAAGAACCUGUCAGAGCUGCUGUCUGAUAGAGAGGGCAUCUCAAACAGCAUGCAGACUGCCCUGGAUGAGGCCACUGGCGCUUGGGGCAUUAAAGUGGAGCGUGUGGAGAUAAAGGAUGUUAAAUUGCCUCUGCAGCUUCAGAGGGCCAUGGCUGCAGAGGCCGAGGCGGCCCGAGAGGCUCGUGCCAAGGUGAUUGCAGCAGAGGGUGAGAUGAACGCCUCACGGGCAUUGAAGGAAGCCUCUCUGGUGAUUGCUGAGUCACCAUCCGCUCUGCAGCUACGAUACCUCCAGACUCUAAACACCAUCGCAGCAGAGAAAAACUCCACCAUCAUCUUUCCUCUGCCCAUUGAUAUCAUUCAGCAGUUCGUAUCCAGAAGAGAUUAACGAUUACUAAAAUCCUAGAAUAUUUUAAUAUUGAAAAAACCUUUUAAGAGGGAACCAAUCUAAAUCAAGAACUGAGCAUGCUUUAAGGGACUUGAACAUCAUUUGUAAAUAACAUAUAAAUAAAAUUAGUAACCGGAUGCAUUUACAUAGUCUUUUAAUACUUAAAACCCAAAGUGCAACAUAACUGUCAGAAGAGUUUUUGAAUGCAUCACAAGAACUGCGAGGUAAGCUACACUAACAAGGUUUGAACAAAAAUUAUACAGCUUUAAGACAUGCUUUUUAACAUGUGCUGUAACAGUUCACAUAUACAGUAGAGCUCAUACAAGCUGUACAACAAAAAAAAAGAAAUAAGAACAGGGAACUUUAAUAACCCAGUGCAUGUUAUAAUCCUCCCUUAAAUAUCCAAUAACAGAUAGUUGUGUUUGUUUUGCAUUUUAAGAAUAGGACAAAACAUUCAGAAAUUCCAUAAUUAUGUCCACGGGACACACACAAGAAAAAAAAAUCAGUGUAUUUCAGAACCUGAUUUAGAAAGAUUACAUUUAAAUUAUAUUUCAAAGGUAGACGUCAGACUAAUACAAGCGGACAGCUAUAUGAAACUGAAGCAGAGAAGCUUUUUUUCUCGGCAAACAGGUAGUUUUAGAUUUCAUUCAGAGCUUUCCUUUUAAUUGUCAUUUGAGUGAAAUAAAUGUACAAAUGUGAUAAUACAGUGAUGCCAAGCUUUAAAUGAAUCAUUGUACAUAUGACAUUGUUUACUGAAGACAGAACAUGUGCGUGUUUAACAGUGUAUUGGGUUAACCUGUAAUAAAUGUAUUUUCAUGACAUGUAAUGACAUAUGGCAUGUAACACAUUCUUAACCUGAGAGAUCUCUGAGUAAGACUGGAGGUAAUGAUACUUUGUAAAUGAACACAAAAUAAAAUUCAGUAAUACAAUGGUGUAAAGAAAAAUCAACAAUUUUAAGUUUUGGUGUUUGCAAAUGGCAACAUCAAGCACUGCUCUCUCUCUCUCUCUCUCUCUCUCUCUCUCUCUCUCUCUUGAUCUCUUUUGGGAUUUGCAUGAAUUUUAAGGCUGAAGAAAGUAAACUAAUGAUUUUAUAGUCACAUCACAUAAUCAAAUCAUAAAACAUGUAAUUGAAGCUCAUGAUUAAUAGCUGCACUUAUAAGUAUACUUGGACCAAAAUAAAAUAAGAAAAACAAGUAUAUUGCCCCCUUAGGACAACGACAACUUUAGCAUUACUUACAGAACAGUUCAUCCAAUAGAGUGAGUACAGUAUGAAAGAAUUUUCACUUAGUCACCCUCAUGUCACCAAACCCAUAUGACUUUCUUUCUUCAGUGGAACACAAAAGCUUGUUUAAGAACAUCCUGGCCAAUCUUAUCCAUAUAAUGAAAGUAAACGGGGACUCCAAAAUGGCCAAAAAAAGUCUUCUGUAGUCAAACAAUAGCUUUGUAUAAGAAACAGACCAAAUUGUCAGUGGUUACACACUGAUUAUCUUCUUCUAUAUCCAACCUGGUCUCAUAGUGAAAACUAGACUCUACAUAUACAUUUUUGCAAAACCAUUUUUCCAAGUACAAUUCCCUGCAGUUUCCAGGUGAACUGAACACUAGAAGUGCUACAACAACUGAUUUAUUCUUUUUCACUCAAAUCAUGACUUUAAUGGCUGAUAAUAACUUAUAAAUGCUUAUUUUUUUCAAAUCAUGACUUUAAUGGCUGAUAAUAACUUGUAAAUACUUAUUUUUUUCUCUCUAUUACUCAGACACCGCUAUUUUAUGAUAUCAACACACCUUUUACACAUCUGUCGAAAAACGAUACAUUUUAAUGCUUGUAUUACAGACCCACCUACAUUUAUACACUUAUACCAACAUGAAUAACUUGCACAGUAGCUCACCUGAUGGGGUGUUGGACUCGAGUCGGAGGACUGCGGUUCAGGGCCAGCCAUGAACUCAAGCUGAUAAGUGACAAGAUAAAGUCAUCGAAACGGCACAAGAUUACAUGGUUGCUUCAGAAAUUUUGCUUUUUAGGUUUAGGCAUUGAUAAGGUAAGGUUGUCUUUUUUAACGUCUCAUAUAUAUUUUAAAACACUACUGACAAAAGUUUUAGGUUAGGGGGGUAUGGUUUUUCCUUUUUUCUAAUUUUUAAA